AUGGCGACGACUCAGACAACUCUCCAAGCACCCUUCGAGACAGUUUCCCUCGAAAGACGGAGCCAAAAUGAAGAUCCCCCAGAGACUCGUCGGGCGGGGCGAGUCUUUGAAGCUGACUUUGCAUUCACGACAAGUCCAGCAUCACGUCGACUAAUCAUCUCCUUGCUGGUUUGCGCAAACACUAUUCAAUUCAUAUCCAACUCUGUUACCAUCGCCGGCGGCCUCGCUUUGAGUAAAGAUCUUGGGCGUGAAUCGGGUCCUGGAAAAGCCAAUUGGAUGGUCGCUUCAUAUCCACUCACUCAAGGUGCAUUCGUCCUGGUGACAGGUCGACUGGGCGCCAUCUACGGCCAUUCUCAACUCACCCUUCUCGGCUGUGCAAUCUUCACCCUAUUUUCUCUCACCAAUGCCUUCGUUAAAACAUAUGACUCAUUCAUCGCCAUGCGCGCUUUGACUGGUGUUGGUGGAGGUGUCUUCAUGCCUAAUGCUGUCUCAAUCAUAACUACCAUGGUUCCGCCAGGUCGAUCGCGAAAUGUCGUACUGGGGUUCUUCGCAGCUUCGCCUCCACUGGGAGGAAUGAUUGGAGCAUUGCUGACGGGUGUAUUUAUGGAUAACGUGAAUUGGAUGUGGCUUUUUGUUCUCAUCGCUGGUAUCUCGGCAUUAAAUCUGGCUUGGUUGAUGUACCUCAUGCCAAAGGAAACCCCAGUUGACAAAGGAGGGCAUAUUGAUGUUCCCGGAAUCUUUUUGGGACUAGGAAGUUUGCUACUCUUCAACGUAGUAUGCAACCAAGCGCCAUCAGCCGGAUGGAACACGCCCUACGAGAUAGCCCUGCUGAUUCUUUCUGUCCUCAUGUUCCUCGCUUUCCUCUUUUGGGAGAAGCGUUAUGCCAAGGAGCCCAUCAUGCCACUAUCCAUCUUUCAGGCGCCGACUUUCACAGCUUUGGUCUUCGUUGUGCUCUUGAGUUACAUGGCAUUCGGCAUCGGUCUGUGGUACUCGACCAGUUGGCAGUACCUCCUGCGCGGAGUAUCUCUCACCCAAAUCGGCGUCCAUUUCGUGCCAUUUGGGUUCAGCUCCUUGUUCGCCGUUUUCGUUGCUGCAUGGUUAAUCCCACGCGUUGCAGCGCAAUGGAUCAUGGCGAUUGGUGUGACUGUGACUCUGGUUGGCAACAUCCUCCUCGCGACCAUGCCAGUUCAACAGACAUACUGGGCGCAGCUCUUCCCAGCUAUGAUCCUGUACGGUUUCUGCCCUGACUUAGUAUACGUCGCCGCGCAGGUGAUAGCGAGCAACAGCGUCAGCCGUCGUCAACAGGGCGUAGCGAGCAGUCUGAUCGGAACUCUUAACCUUUACGGAAACAGUUUAGGUCAAGGAUUUGCUGGGACGAUUGAGACAGAAGUUGGAACGAACAACGAUGACGAGGUUAGAGGAUACAGGGCAGCUCUGUACUUUGCCGCUGGCCUAGCAUUGCUUGGCUUGGCUUUGGACAUCUUGUUUGUCAGGCUGCCGAAGGAUCAGCGCGAAGGAUGGGAUGAUCCGUCCGAUAGCGGUGAGCAAGAGCUGGAUGGCAUGACUACGGCUAUUGAGGUUGAACGCACCGCACAGCGAACUUGA